AACGCAUUACAUCAAUUUUAUCGCCACCGUUGCUCCACUUAUAUCUUGUCAUAUCGCUAUAUCACUUAUUUCCGUAUCGCAUUGAAUGUCACUCGCUGCAGCCUUGCCAAUCCUCCCCACGAAGUCGGUGAAAGGCAGCGGUGGGGCACAGACCGCGUUCGAACCCAGCGCCGACACAACGCGCACGCGCGGAAAACUCGACUUUUUAAAAUUAACGUUUUUGUGUGUGUGUGAAAUGCUGUGUGUAUAGUUUGCAACAUGUUGGUGCUUUGCGUUGUUAUGUGCGUGCUUGCGCCGAUUUUAGCACAAGUGGAACGUCGCUGCGGGCACCCAGCAGUGCCGCCCAACGCCCGCGUCUCGUUACCGAGCGACACGGCCAUAACCCCGGGCACGAUUGCCACGUACGAGUGCGAUGAUGGCUAUGAGCUGUUCGGGGCUCACCAGAGGGAGUGCACGCUAAGAGGCGACUGGACUGCCGAACCACCGUUUUGUGGCACGAACGUGGCAUUCAGAAAGCCAGCCAAUCAAUCGACGACGGUCCGCGGCGGCGGAGCAGCCAAUGGGAACGAUGGGGAGAAGACCACUGAACAUGAUGGGAAAAGGUGUACGGAGACGCAGCGUGAAGCUAGUCCUUGGUGGCAGGUGGAUCUGCUUCGACAUUAUGCUGUCAAAGUCGUCAGGGUUACUACCAGAGGGUGCUGCGGUCACCAACCGCUGCAAGAUCUGGAGAUCAGAGUGGGCAACAGCAGCUCGGACCUGCAGAGGAACCCUCUCUGCGCCUGGUUCCCUGGUACCAUCGACGAGGGAGUAACGAAGACGUUCACCUGCGCGCGCCCGCUGGUCGGCCAGCACGUGUUCCUGCAGCUGGUGGGGGUGGAGGGGUCGCUCUCGCUGUGCGAAGUUGAAGUCUUUACCACAGAAGAAUUCUCAAACGACCGCUGCGCGCCCGUCGGCCUGCCAGACGACGUGGAGCUGGCCGCGUUCUCCCGCAACUGCUACGAGUUCAAUGUGGCCCGGGGCGGCAGCUUCGACGAGGCGAGACGGCAAUGCCAGACGCACGGCGGGGAUCUCAUACACGGGUUCCAGGGAGCAACGUCCAGCUUCCUUAUCCAGGAGUUGGAGCGGCGCAAGGCGCAACUGAAGACCCAGCUGGUGUGGAUCGGCGCGCAGAAGGAACCUGGGCUCACGUCGAGGACUUGGAAGUGGGUUGAUGGCGAAGUGGUAUCCAAGCCGGCAUGGGGCAAAGACCAACCGAACAACUACAAUGGGGAACAGAACUGCGUGGUCCUGGAUGGCGGGCGCGCGUGGCUGUGGAACGACGUGGGCUGCAACCUGGACUACUUGCACUGGAUUUGCCAGUACAUGCCUCCGUCUUGCGGCAGCCCGGACAAGCUGCUGAACACCACGAUAGAGGGAGACAGCUAUAAGGUGGGCGCCUCCAUCGCGUAUCGCUGCCCUGAGGGCCACAUGCUGGUGGGAGACAAGACUAGGGAGUGCAAGAAGGACGGAUUCUGGUCGGGUGCAGCUCCGAAUUGUAAAUACGUGAACUGCGGCGGGCUACCUUCAAUCCAAGAUGGCGAAGUUACGCUUACUGACGAACGGACCACGCACGGCGCGCGCGCCACCUACUCCUGCCGCGAGAACUAUACUCUCGUCGGAGACGUGGAAAGGGUCUGCGGCGAUGAAGGCCUGUGGACAGGAUCCGCCCCGAAAUGCCUGUUCGACUGGUGCCCAGAACCCCCGCCCGUGUCUGGGGCUGUAGUGACGGUCGGGGGACACAAGGCGGGCUCGCUUGCGACAUACAGCUGUCAGAAUGGAUUCAUACUGUUUGGGCAGCCGAGCGUGACGUGCACCCUCGGCGGUUCGUGGUCGGGCACGCCGCCUUCCUGCAAGUACGUCGACUGCGGCACUCCCGCGCAGAUCCACGCUGGCUCCUUCCGGCUGCUCAACGGGACCACCACGUACGGCUCCGUGGCGGCGUUCGCGUGCGAGCCGGACUACUGGCUGCAGGGCGCGGAUACACUGCAGUGCAACCGGGACGGCAAGUGGAGCCACGACAUACCCACUUGCGAGCUGAUAACGUGCGCGGACCCCGAAGUCCCGGCGGGCGGCUACAUGGAGGCCUACGACUACAACGUGCACUCCACCAUCGACUUCCACUGCGAGGCCGGGCACCUGCUGGUGGGCGAGCGGAGCCUCGUAUGCCAGCAGGACGGCGAGUGGUCGGGCGAGUCGCCCAAGUGCGAGUAUGUGGACUGCGGCAAGCUGCCGCCAUUGCCGUACGGAGCGGCCGAGCUGCUGAACGGCACCACCCACCUCGGCAGCGUCAUACAGUACUCUUGCACCACGAACUACCGCCUCGCGGGGCCUGUGCGUCGCGAGUGCGGCCCGGACCACCAGUGGAGCGACGCGUCGCCCAGGUGUGAAGAAAUCCGCUGCCCGGAGCCAAUAGUGGCCGAGAACAGCAUCGUAUCAGUAACGGGCAACGACCGGAUGCACGGCCGCACCAUGAUUCGAACCUCCACCUCCGUGAGCGCGGGCAACGGCAACACCUACCGCAUCGGUGCGCUGGUCAAGUACCGCUGCGAGAGGGGGUACAAGGUUGUUGGAGAAAGCCUAUCCACUUGUGAAGAUAGUGGACAGUGGAGCGGAUCCACGCCGAGAUGUCAAUAUGUGGACUGCGGCAACCCCGGCCGUAUGGAGAACGGCAAGGUGACACUAGCCACGAACGCGACAUACUACGGUGCUACGGCCCUUUACGAGUGCGACGACCACUGGAUACUGGACGGCGUAUCUCGGAGACUGUGUCAGGAUAACGGCACAUGGAGCUCUGAGGCUCCCGUUUGCAAAGAAAUCAUUUGCCCAGACCCAUCGGAACAAAUCAAGGGCGGCGUCGGCCUCCAUGUCGAGACCUGGACUCGCAGCAUCGGCGGCGAGGCCCACUACCGUUGUGAGCGAGGCUACCGGCUCAAGGGUAACCAGAGCAGAACGUGUCUGCCUAAAGGGGCCUGGAGCGGGACGCCGCCAUCUUGUGCACCCAUCGACUGCCACUCGCCCGGCUCGAUCGACAAUGGUCGCGUCAUCAUAGCGAACGGCUCCACUCUCUUCGGCAGCUCCAUCGAGUACCACUGCCUGCCGCAGUUCCAGCGCGUCGGGCCCUUCCUCCGCAAGUGUAUGGACGACGGAAAUUGGUCCGGAGAUGAGCCCAGCUGCGAGAUAGCCAUUAACGAGGCGGCUGAAACAAGCACGCUGCCACUGAGGGUCGGGAUUGGCUGCGGGGUUGUGCUGUUCUUGCUGGUGCUGCUGGGAGCUAUUUAUUUGAUACUUCGAAAAUCAACACCAGUGAAGAAUACGGAGAACAUAGAGGGCGCUGAACGCAAGGAGGACCAGAACGCAGCAGUAAUGAGCUACGCUACGCUACACGACAGCAACGGGCGACACAUCUACGAUCACGUCAGCGACAACGUGUACGACUCGCCCUACAGCGACCACCUGGCCGACAACGCGGCGUACGGCCGACGAAGCGACACCGACUCCGCCUACGAACCGGAGCCGACCGGACCGAAUGCGGUCGUCACAAUUAACGGCGUUGCGGUUCGUUAAUAUGCUGCUACGAGCUUUAAGGUUUACUAUAUAUUUGCCGAUUCUGAAAUAACAAAAUGUCAAACGUAGAAUUGGACUAAGAGUGAAAAAGCCCUACCUACUGAUGUAAUUUUUACUUAAGUAUUGUAUUUUUCACUUGAAAAACUAGAGUCGAGGACAUUGAUAUAGCAUCAGUAUGUUCUAUAUAUCUAGAUGUUUCUAGUUUACGAUGUGUAAACGAUAAAGAAAGUUGUUAUGUGCUAUACUUUCACGAAUUGAGGUAACCAAAAAGCCAUUUAAAUCGCUUGGUUUUGACUCGUUUUUGUGUCAUAAUUCGUAGUCGCUUUUUAUUUAAAAAUAAGUGUAAUGACAAAUUGGUUUUGAUUUUGUUUAAUACGUAACACGUCAAGUGAUAAGCUCUACAUAUAAUACGAGUAAUUUUGUAUUUUUUUACGUUCAUACAAAAUCAAUAAUGUAAUGGUUACCAUUUUCUGUAGACUUGGUUAAAACCGAUGUUAAUUGUAGAUUAUAACUUUUACCCGGCUGCGAUACGUAAAAAGUUUACGGUAACACCUCAAAGAUAAUACCUAUAACUAUAAUAAUUAUUUUAAUUCACAAGAUACAAUGUUCAAACCUUCAAGAAAAGAACGUAGGUACUGCCAUCAUAAAGGCCGGCUACACACUUGCAACCCCUCUGGUGUAGCAGAUGUCCAUGGGCGAUGGUUACUGCUUACCAUCAGGCGAAUCGUCUACUCAUUUGCUUCUUAUAUAAUAAAAAAUACCUACAUCUCAUCUUAUAUUGAUUUUAUUAUGCAGAUCUAUAGAAAUGGUAAUCGGAGGUGGAAUUUGGAAGUAUUUUAAGUAGGUACGAAAUUAUAUAUUAUUAUAUUCGAAAAUAUAUACUUAGCUAAAUUAAAAGAAUACCUAUUUUUAAAUUCAUACGUUGGGGAUUUUGGUCCGGUAAUGUUUUACACUAGCCAAACAAUAUAUUACUUACUACUAUUUUAACAUUUCUAAGCACAUCCGGAGCUUACUACCAAUUUUUAAUUCAUACUUUGGUCAUUAUUUUACCAUAAACAAAGUUAUAAGUACACGUAAUCAUUCCCGCGCCAAAAACCGCGAUGUAUGCUUAUAAUAGUCUAUGACAUAUGUUCCCAUGGUUUAUAAACUUAUAUAAUAAGUAGUUUUGUAUUAUAAAAUGCAGCAGUCGGGUGUGUAAAUAGCUUAUGUUAAUUUAAUGCGUGAGCGAAGGCGGGAAGUGAUCACCAACCCUUACUAGGUACGAACCAAAGAUGUAAAAGUGUUGGAAUUUUAUGAAUUAUUCAUGUUAUUAAUUAGUUUAAAAUUUAUAUCGUAAAUUGCAUUUUAAUUCAUUAUAUUAAGAGUGCUUACUAAAAUGGAGAUCUAUUAUCGAAUCAGUGACAGAUAAUGCAUGCUUACUAAAAUAUUAGAUAGAUAACAGAUAUCUAAACUUGCAUUCAUUUCAAUCAUUUCCUAUUGAUUCAAGCCGAAAUAUAUUUUAAUUUAAGCCUUUCUUUUCUAGUGUAAAGUUAUUGUAAUGUAAGAACCAUAAAUGAUAAUUGUAUCAAGAUGUUCCCUUUUGAUAUAACUUGUCUUUGUAUUCUGAUGGUCUACCGCCAGCGUCGAAAAAAACUGUACCCCUCUUGCAUAUUCGGGCGAUAGAGAGGUACAUAGAGAAAUGAAAUUAUAAAUACGUUUCAUACGUAGGCACUCAGAUUUUUUUAUAAGUUUUCAGUCUUAUUUUUAUCGCCCAUUUCCUUAUAUGAUUUUUACAACAUACUUUCAGCUCACAUUUUUGUAUCGCUAGUUUCAUGUGAUCCGAAAGUAUUAACAGUAUAAUUUUUUUUAUUUAGUAUGUAAGUGGAUAUGUACCUAUUUGACGGAGAUUCGACAAAAAAAAAUAGUUAUGUUCUUCAUUGGGUUUGAUUAGGUAUAGUAUAUACACACUCUAGUUUCAUUUUAGCCAAUGACAACUUAAUGACUCUAUUAUUAGUUUAUGCUCUAAAUAGGGAAUAUUACGCGAAACUCUGCGUAGGGAGCGCCACUACCACAAUCCAUCACAAUCUGAGGGUCUGCCGCGAAACAAGAAAAUCGAAUUUCCGUAUUUUAAACUUCUCUAUCCCUCUUGCAUAUUCGAGCGAUAAAGAGGCAGAUGACUAAAUUACGAUUUUCGCGUUUCCCGGUAAGCCCUUUGUAAACAAACCGCCUUGAUGCAUUAAUGUCAUAUUUUAUUAUCUGUGAAAACUUGUCAAUAAACAUUUUAAGGCACAGUAUGUAUAAGUUACUCUAUGGUUUACGAAAGGUGCUAGUGCUGCACUCCGGCGGUAGAACAUUGCAGUAAUACUCCCUACUGAAAACUUUUUUACGGGGAUUUCCCGAAACGCCAGCUUAACUAUGCGAAUGAAACCGGGAAUACCCGAAUUCCCGAAGUCAUCCGUUCCUUGAUAUUAAUUAUUUGGUCUCGUAAAUUUUAACCUACCUAUAAGUAAUAAUCUAAACUGAACUUUUAUAUUCUUCUAAAUCCAGACCCGUCGAAUCAUUCAUAGAUAUUGUAGGAAGACAUAGUUAUUUAUUUUGUUAUAUAUAUUUGCUAAGUGAUUCAUAGAUAUUGAUCAUUUUGAUGCCAAAAUAAUAUUACUAUUUCUUUUUCUUUAUAACGACGUACAUACCUUAGAGUUAGACCUAGUUGUAUGUUCCUUAUUAAUUGGUUUUAUCAUUACGUAUAAAAUAUCGUCUAGCAGCGAGACCAGAAAUGGUCGAGGCUUGUUCUAAGUAAAUUACGUAGUGUUUUUGAUCAGACCUUUGAGUCGAGGGAGGAGAUUGAAACCCUAAAACAUCCACCUACAAACGAACAAAACAAACAAAUAUGGACGAGUCAAUUAAAAAAAAAUUACAGAAUUAUUGUUUAAGAAAAAACACAAAAAAAAAUAGUCUAUUUACACCUAUUUUCAUUUGAGAAUUAUUUUUGAAUAUUAUAUAUUUUUUUUUUACAACAGGCAGGUAUUAUUGAGACAAGUAUUUAUUCAACUGUUGUUAUAGGGUCAAGGAAAUUGAUUCUUUGGCAGUCUACGGUCCACUUUCCAUUGAACAGAUCUUAGCAUAGGUAUGUAUAACCAAAUUUACUUGAACCGCAAAUUGAUAAAGAAUAAAUUUGGUUGACUGUACAUACCUAUUACGCGUCCUGUUCAAUCAAUUAUUUAAUAUCAUGCCAUUAAUGUCAUUAUUGUUCAGUUUAUAAUACCCAUUUGGAAAGGGUGUUUCCACCUGACAUCGUCCUGUCAUAAAUAAUGGUUAGAUGCUGUGUAAGCACUUUUUAAAUAAUUUUCUUCAUUACUUAACUUGUUUGAGUUUUGCCACAAAACUAUCUGGCCGGUCAGGUCGUAAUGCCAUCUCUUUCACUCUUGGUAAAGGAGAUAGCAUUAUGAUCUCAGUGGCCAGUUAGUUUUGCGGCAAGUAUAGUAGAAAUAUGUCAUAUUAAAUCCUACUUUAAAUCUUGGAGGAAAACAACAGGAGACGCUUUGUAUGUAAUUUUAUACAAAACAGUUUGACGAUUAUUGCGGGGGAGGAGCACGUCAAAUGUAUGGCUAUAUGUGCAGUCAGCGUCAAAUACUUUGUAGCAGUCAAAGUGGCCAAAUAGUUCGGUACACCAUAUUAAAUAUAUGGUACCGGUACCGAACUAUUUGGCUACUUUGGUUGCUACAAAGUAUUUGACGCUGACGUACAUAACGUACAAAUAGCCGUGUCUGAUAAAGGUCAGUCCAUACAAUACAUACCAUUGGCCGAGGUUUUCGACAGAGGAGUAAACUCUUAAAGGCGACUCCGCUUGUUAGAUCCUCCAAGAUUGAAAUGCCUGACGGCCAUUUUGAGAAACAGUAGAUCCCCCCUUUUUUGAACUCGCUGUAAGAGAUGGACUAAUUAUAAAAUUGUUUUAUUAGUGAAUCAAUUAAGAUUUAAGCAUGCCUAUUUGACUAACAUUAUGUUUCUAUAUUUAUGUGUAAACCUAUAUUCGCUGCGAGAAAACGUCAUUCUUUUAAAUACGAAAUGAAUUCUACUGAUAGCUGGAUAGGUAGUUUUUUUGUAAUAAUCUGUAUACUAUUGUAAAAUACUUUAAGUCCUAUAUAUCGUAGUCUAAAAUCAAAUGAUUGUGUAUGUCAGUGAAUUGCGAAAUUAUAACAUAGGUACCUAGGAAAUAUAAUAAAAUUUCUAUAAUACUUAUGGCAGUAGCAAGUUUCAGCACUUUACUUUUUUUUUUGGAUCAUAUACAAGCCAAAACGAAAACUGCUAUACUAUCUAUUAUAUUUUAAGAAAAGUAACAAGUUAUUAUGAAUAAUUAUUUAAUUUUCGUAAUUUGUGAUUGUACUUUUAUAUCAAAAACCAUUCAGUUUAUAAAAAUUGUAAGUGCCACAAUAAUUGAGACUCAUGAGUUGAUUGCUACAUUAGGCAUGACGCGGUUAUCCCAAUGGAUGCGAUUCGCACGUCGUUUCGAUGUUCGAGCCAGACAACGCUAUGUGCAUAUAAUAGCGACAUCCCGCUCGCACAUCGGAGCGACGUGCGAAUCGCAUCCAGUGUGAUAACCGCCUAUUAUGUAUAAGGCUAGCCUGCACUGUCAGAACCUGUCAAUGAAAUACAUUUCGUUCAAUUGUUCCAAAAAGUGUUCAUUAGGAAUAAAUUGUAAAAAGCAUACCUAAAUAUUGUUAUUUUUUUUAUAGAAUAAAUCGAAAUAAUUCAUAGAUGGAUUUGUUGAAUAUAUGUCUUCAAUGUGAA